GAUGGACAACAAAAUUGCUAUGUACUGAAGAAUAAAGAUUUAGAACAAGCUUUUAAAGGAGUUAUUUACUUAGAGAUGGACCUCAUAUAUAAUCCGGUCAAAGCAAGUAUUAGGACCUUUACUCCCAGGGAAAAGCGCCUUGUUGAAGAUAGCCGGAAGCUAUCCAAAAAGAUCUUGUCAAGAGAUGCAGACCGGGUAAAAAGACUCACUAUGGCAAUAUGGAACACAAUACAGUUCCUUAAGAGUUGCUUCCAGUGGGAAUCCACAUUGAGAAGUACGAUAGCAUUUGUGGUAUUUUUGGUCACUGUCUGGAAUUUUGAGCUCUACAUGGUGCCUCUGGCAUUACUGUUGCUUUUUGUCUACAAUUUCAUCAGACCCAUGAAAGGCAAAAUCAGCAAUAUCCAGGACAGUCAGGAGAUCGCAGACAUAGAAGAGGAGGAGGACGAGGAUGACAAGGAAUCUGAGAAAAAGGGGUUAAUUGAGAGACUCUAUAUGGUACAGGAUAUUGUUUCCACCGUUCAAAACAUUUUGGAGGAAAUAGCCUCUUUUGGAGAAAGAAUUAAAAACACCUUUAACUGGACGGUCCCAUUCCUUUCACUGCUGGCCUGUUUGAUUCUGACAGUAGCCACUAUCACUUUGUACUUGGUUCCACUGCGCUACAUCAUUUUAAUCUGGGGCAUAAAUAAAUUUACAAAGAAGCUUCGAAAUCCCUAUUCCAUUGACAAUAACGAGCUACUAGACUUCCUCUCCAGGGUACCAUCGGAUGUUCAAAAGGUAUGUAAUGGAUGGUCACCACCAACAGGGACCCCAACACUGAGGUCUGGCCAUCCCCAGAGCUGGAGCAGCACAAGACUGUACUACUGUGAGUAAUUGAGAUAAGGAAUCAGAAAAUCUCUAAAGUGGCCUGGCUUACAGGGAGAUGGCAACAACAACAGCAACAACAAAAAACCCCUCCUUUAUCCAAAGCAUAAGAUGAUUGAGGAAAAUUAUCCUGAGAAAGAACUACUUAGAGAUGUUAAAGGUGAUCUGGAACUCCCACUGAGAAGUGAUGUGUGCUGGGUUUUGUCCCUUUGAUUACCCACCUCCUGAAAGAGGAUAAGAUGGACUCAGGGAGUGAAUUUACAUGAGCUCCAAAACUAAGGAACAUUGCUUGUUUUUUUCCUCUUCUGGAUGGCAGGCAGUUUAGGGGAAGUAGCAGACAAGAGGAUUAUUCUUUAUAUUCUUGUUUGCUCCAAUUAUCUCCUGAGCCUCCCUCCUGUCCUCUUUCCUAUAAAGACUUUAGGGAAGCUGGGAGCAUCCCUUCCUCUAAUAGAGGAAGAGAUGAUGUGAAAUAAUUUGAGAUCAAUCAGAAGCAUUAGUCACAGGUAAUGGUCACAUAGUCCAGCAGCGUUUCAUUUUUGUGGAUAACCAGAGAUUAAAAAGGCAACAAUGCCAGAAAUCCUCAAAGAAUAGCUCAAUCUGUAGCCCUGCAGAUUUGCCUGUUAUAAAUGCAGAAAGAAAGGGCAGUCAGCCAUUCUCUCAUGGAGAACAGUGAUCAUUGAAUAGGUAGUUGGGAACAUCAUGGCCUGACAUAUCUUCAAGAUGAUCAAAGGCAUGGUCCUUUAUUAUCUGAGAGAAUCCCAAAUCAAAUAUUGAUUUUCAUUGUUGGGCCCUUAAAACAUAAUUGGUAGCUCAGCACCUCCAGAUGGAUUACAGAUGCAUGGGGGCUCAAAAGUCUUAAAGAUCCUUUUCUCCGUCAUUCCACAUUCUGGAGAUUAAAAUUGACUCUAUGCCACUCUUAUUCUUUGGCCUUCAUUCCAUGAUGGAAUUACCUGUUACAAUGUAUUUUAAACAGAUGAAUUUACUCUAAUAUUGGCAUUGCAUACGUAAAAAAUAACCUGGCUUCCAUCUUGCAUUGAAGAUUGACAGGUACAUCAUCUUGGAUAUUUUGUUGUCGUUUAUUUAUAUGCUUUUGCCAAAGUGUUGCCUACAUUGUGAUUGGGCAUAACAACCUUGGGGAAUUUGGCACACAUGCUAAAAAUAGGGAACAUAUGUGGUCUGUAAUACAAUAGUUUCAAUAAAUGCAUUUCACUAGCAGCCUAUCAAAGCCACACGCCAAAGCAAUACAUUUGCAGUGUACCAUCACUUAAGGCACAGUGUGAGUUCACGCUGUAUCCCUGAAGAACAGAAAUUUUCAUCAAGCCCCCCAAAGAGUGUCUGUGUGUAGUCUGGGCACCAGCCCUCAGAGUCGGUCAUCCAGGUGGGGUUGGCAUGAAUACAGAGAUACAACAAAAGAACGUUUGAGGAAGGUGCCAUACACUCGUCAGAUUCUCCCUAUCUCCAGGGGUGCUUUCUAGUGACACAAGGACAGUAUGGGACUCCCUGAGGGCCAUAUUUAUCACAGAUGUUUUAACCAUUACAUUGUGAAUGAAAUUAAUUUUUAAGAGAUCAAUUUCAGCAUUUUAUCCCCCUUAGGUAACAUAAUUGUCUAUAACUGGAGGGUAUUUUCCCCCAUGAUCUUAGACAUUUAUAAAUGAAUAAUUCUCUAUAAGUUACUGUAUCAUACACUAAGAUAAACAUUCCCAAGAGGCAAUGAUUAAACUUACUUAUGGUUGAAACCUGGCACUUGCAAGACGACGAUUAUCUAGCAGAGCCAAGAGCAGGUAGAAAUGCAGGCAUCUCAUUAGGAAAAUCUGCUUUUAAUAUUUUGGUUUCAAGAAAUGAUGCAUGACUUCUCAAAUCCUUCCUGCAAUUAAUCCCUCCAUGUUCCUGUGUUUAGAAAAUGGUUCGUUACCUUUGAACCUUCCUUCCUUUGCCUUGGUUUGUCCUUGGGGAGCCAUUAACACAUGCUGUGCUGAGCUAGGGUUGCCUAACCUCCAGCCUCAUGUCUGUUUGUUUUCACAGGUGCAGUACGCAGAACUGAAGCUCUGUGGCAGCCACAGCCCCCUUCGGAAGAAGCGCACCAAUCUCUAGAGUGCACAGCGACUGGAAUCCCACACCGAUAUUGUGCCACUGAUGGACCAAUAUUGUGGAUGCUUCUGUGGUACCUUGGAGCCCUGUCCCGUGUUUUACCCUCCUUCUUGUACACAAACACGUGUGCCUGUGCACACAUACCCAUGCACUGGUGUCCUUGAUACAUACAUAUUCAGUCCAGCAAAAGGAACCACAAGGACUGUGACAGACACCUCCUUGCUCAAGUAGCAGGUGAAGCACAGCUUCCGCGGGUCUGAAUACCCUCCUUGAGAACAACAGGAGACCACUUGGGUUCCAAAAUGACUUGGAAUUUGUUUUCACACCUCCCACAGAUUCUCAUUAAGAUUGUUAUGCCCAGGUGGGCGUGGUUUUUCAAGCCUGUAAUCCAAGCACUAGGGAGACUGAGGCAGGAGGAUCAAGAAGUCAAGGCAUAGAGAUUACCAGGCUAGCAUGAGCUACAUAGUGAGACCCUGUCUCAAAAAAUUAUUUUUCAGGUUUUUCCAUCCCCCACCCUGAGCUUCUUUCAGAUUAUUAUUCAUGCAAGUUUCUUCAGAGUUAUCAAGUACAAUAUUAUGUAUAUUAGAAAAGAUUCUAGAUGAUUGUCAGAAUUAGCCCACAUCUUUAGGAGUUGAGAUUGUUAAGGACAUGUCAUGCAGUUUUGGUUACCCACUUGGUGCUGGAUGCCCACCUACAUCAUGGUCCAUUGCUGGCAAUGGAUGCUUCAGGAGGUUCCAAGGGACCACUCUUUGGAAGAGUAAGGUUUCAUGAAAGAAUUUUGCUGCCCUAAAAUAUCAUUUCUUCUGACUUCUUGAUUAUUUCCAAAAUCAAAUGUUAAUAUAUAGCU